AUGGCGGGAAGACAGGGUAUAUAUGAGGUGAAGGCUGCUGGGGUGCCCAGAACAAGCAAAUGGCACAGCAAAUGGCACAGCAAAUGGCACGGCAAAUGGCACGGCAAAUGGCACGGCAAAUGGCACCUAUCGACUCUCGACUUUCUCGAUUCUGCCGUGCCUGCCGUGACCUACGGGCGUGGGCGUACUUUGUCGUCCGUACCAGUUGACAUCUACAGAGAGCAAACUCAGCAAAGCAAAGGUCUGGCUGGCGCCACCUGCGGAAACCGAGAUAUCUUGCGACUAGGGUACUAUGUCCCCUAG